AUGACAAGCAAUACGCGCUUCCCGACGAAGCAGAUAUCGAGGCUCACGAACCACAAUGGACCGGUACACGCCGUCACUUUCUCCGCCGGAACGGGCCAAUACGUCCUCACCGGCUGUCAAGACCGCAAUGUGCGACUCUUCAAUCCGGUCAAUGGACGACUGAUUCAGACCUUUUCUGCUCAUGGCUACGAAGUCCUCGACCUCAGCGUCAGCGACGACAAUGCACGCUUCGUAUCCGGAGGCGGCGAUAAAACAGUUUUCCUCUGGGACGUUGCCACUGCGCAGACACUGCGACGUUUCACGGGACAUUCUGCGAGAGUCAAUUGUGUUGCUUUCGGAGGCGAAGGCGAUUCAGUCGUCAUCAGUGGAAGUUUUGAUGGGACUGUCAAGAUCUGGGAUGGGAAGAGUCGGAGUGAGAAACCUAUUAUGAGUUUCUCCGAAGCGAAAGAUUCGGUUUCGAGUGUUGCUGUCAAUGGGCAUGAGAUUUUUGUUGGGUCUGUGGAUGGGUGUGUGAGAGUUUAUGAUUUGAGUAUGGGUUGCGUGGAUGUCGAUUACGUGGCGCCUGGGAAGGGCGUUACGAGUGUUUGUCCCACGAAGGCUGGGGAUGGGUAUUUGAGUUUUAGGGAUGAGGGAUUUAGGAAUGAGACGUAUAGGUUGAGGAGUGUUUUGGCAAUGGGAGAGGCUUAUGCGAUGAGUGGGACGGAGGAUGGAAGAGUGUUGGUUUGGGAUGUUUUGACUGGGGUGGUGGCGCAGAGGCUUUGGCACAAGAGUGAGAGUGCUGCGCAGACUAUUGCGAGUAAGAAGGAUGUUGUGUCUGCUGUCGCUUGGAAUCAGCUGAGGAAGCAGUGGGCGAGUGCUGGCGGAGAUGGGGCCGUCGUUGUCUGGGGUACGGGCGACUGA